GCAUGUUUAGCUACCCAGCUUCGAUCGAAGGCUUCAUUUUUUGAUGAUCAAAUAUCUGUAGAUAAUAUGUUUAUGCUGCAUUGCAAUCUUCCGAUAGCCUCUACCGAGGCAUGAUUGCUGUGGUCCAAUGAACUUUUCGAAGUAAGGAUAAGAGCAGGUACAAAUUUGUAGAAGAUGACUUCAAACACCACUCCACCCUUGCCUGUCUCUGGUGGCAAAAGUUACGUCAUCACCCAGUUCUGGAAUGUGUUGCGCAAGCGCGGGUCCAAACUUCGAAACAACAACAUGUUGAAGCGCGGAGAGGGAUGGGGAGAAAACAUCGCCAAUUUUAACAUUUAUCCUGAGACAUAAUGUCUGGUUUGGUAAAGAACCAAAUCGCGAAGCAACUGGCGAGGUUCACGAAGAAUCUCUCUCCCAACAAAAUCAGCGUGAAGUUUCUCAAAGGGGAAGGGGAACUUCAUAAUCUUGAGCUAGAUGAAACAACUCUCUCCGAGCUUCUCGAGUUACCUCCAUGGAUUCGACUUACAAAAGCUGUGUGCAACAAAAUUUCAGCGAAGAUUCACUGGACACGGCUCAAAACAGAUCCAAUUUGCCUGUACCUUGACCGUGUUGAGGUCAAUAUGGAGGCAAUAGAUGGAGAUGUCAACACACCACCACCUGGCUCACCCCAGACACACCCACCUAACCCACCUCCUCAGCCUGCCAAGGAAAAAGCUCCUAAUAGGUAUGGUUUUGUUGAGAAAGUGGUUGAUGGAAUGUUCGUUCAGAUAAACUCUGUGAUCAUUUCAUUCAAGUUUCAAGCUUUUCUUGCCACGUUCCAGAUGUCACGUCUUUUUAUUCAAAGUACUACUCCUAAGUGGCAGCCAGAUGACCUGCGCAUGACGAGAGUGAAAGAUGAGACAAGAGGAGAGGUGUUGACAUUUAAAGAGAUAACUUGGUCAACACUUAGGAUAGAUGCCAACGCUUUGUAUGAUGAAAAAUCAACUGAACAGUCAGCUCCUCUACGUCUUAUAACAAGCCACUCAGCCCUACACAUUACAAUCAAGAAACGUCUUGAAGACUGUGCAGUAUUAUCUGCAAGACUGGAACUUCUCUUAGAUGAUAUUUUAUGGGUCCUUACUCAGUCGCAGUUACAAGCAUUAGCUGGUCUAUUGCACUCUGUAACUCUGGCCAUGUCACAGACAGUAGAGAAAAAAGGACCUCGGGCAAAUCCUGGGCAGCCUGUAGGCCAGGCUACCCAGCAGCAAACUCAUUAUGCAGGAUCUAUGAUACAUGAACGAAAGUCUGAAUAUGAGUCCUUAAAUGCACUCUUUACGCAACAUGAUGUGCGGGAAACAUGUUAUCACUUAAGGACAGGAAGUAUUGACCUGCACUUGUGUGAUGAUUCGGAACAAAGUGUUGGUGAUGGUGGAGCUAUGCAUUUGCAAAUGAACAAGUUAUCGGUUGAUUAUUAUCCAUAUCACCUGGCUGGAACAUCACGCACUGAUUGGCCCUCUCACAACGAGGCCUCCUUGACACGUGCCUAUUGGGUCAAUCAGCUUUUGAACGCGUUUAGGAACUCGCAAAGUAACAAACAGUUAUCACCUCAAAGAGCUUCACAGACUCAUCAUCGAGCCAGGAGUGAUAGUUCUCUUGUUGGUGUAAAUGGCAAAGAAGGUUCAUCACUUCCGUCUUCUCCACUUCACUCCACUCCCUCCUCCCCCCGCACGAAUAUCAGAAAGCCAAGUUCUUCACAUACAAGCACACCUUCACGAGCUGCACAAUCAGCGCAUUCCAUCAAGAGUAAUCUUCAACGACCAGUGUUCAUGCUUGAAAGUUGUUUUGUGGUUCGCUGCGAGGAAUUCUUCAUCAUGCCUGUAACAACGAGUAACGUUGGUAAAGAGGAAACAGCAUUUCUAUCAUCUGAUAAAAAGGCAUUGUACCUACCUUCUGACAUGCCAGCAUUUCAGCUGGACUUUACGCAGUAUUACUAUCCUGGGUCUAUAGGAUCUGCAGUGCCUUGUCCAAACCUGUUUAUCCAGUUGAACCCAAUUCAGUUGACAGUGGACACUGCAACUUGUCUAUGGUUCAACAAAUUCAUGCAAAGCAUUCUUGGACAGAGAACAUGGUCCAUUGGUGCACCUCAACAAUCUAAUCCACCCUCAAGUCAUAUUGAUAUCAGAAUUGAAGCCCUCAUGCCAAAGAUCAUUAUCCCUUGCCUAAGUGAACCUUGUGCAGCAUACAAAGAUUCUCGGCCCCAGGCCCUCCAGAUCCAAAUGUCUCAAGUGUUCAUCACGAAUUCAAGGACUGGUUACAAGUCCACCCAGACAGACAUGUUAAUGUUUCUUCAUCCGUUCCUGGGCUCCAGGAUAUACACCGAUUUUGAAAACUUCCCUUCCAUAUCGGGAGAUGUCCAACCACUGCCAAACUCCUCGUGGGUGAAUGAUUGCAGUUUGUUGGCAAAUUCUGCGAAGAUUGAUAAACAUUUGAACGGUGUUUGUCAAGACACAUUUGGAACGCAUCAGCCAUCACAGGUGUGGUGUAUCUCAGCUGAGCAGGUGUGGCUGGAUUUCCUGGGUAUCGAGGAGGUAAAGAAGCGCCCGAUGCCUUUCAUAGACGCUGUUCCCGUUCAGAUAUGGAUUGCCACUCCUUUGCCAACCAAUGGCGACAACAGCACAGGCAUCCAGUCUGCAGUCAGAAGGACGCAAAGCGCCAGCAGGCUUCACUCACCACCCCUGCAUCCUAGGUCGUCUUCAGAGCUCGUGUCACCAAAGAGAAAGGCUUCUGAACCAGUUUUAACUACAAAGAACAGGUCACAUACGACCGCUCCUUCGCUUUUGUCUACAACCUCUAAUGAUUUAUGCAAUAGCGAUCCCUCUAUUAAUCCCCACACUUCUGAGGCCCUCGCUAGAAGGAGCCUGGAAGAUGGACCACCACCCGCUUAUGAGCCCAGGAAUGAACCACACAAGCCAGCCCCUGUUGUGAGGGAACUACCGCCAGCGUAUGAGACAUUGACCCAUAAUGGACCCAAUUUACCAGGGGUGCCUUUGGAAGAAGCCCCUCCAUUACCCAAGAAGGCUCCUAUACCUGAGGACACGCUAAAUGGCCUAUCAGAGAUAGAAGGACAUGCAAAUCAGGAGCUAAAUUUAGAGUCAAGAGCUGAUGUGAGCUUCCUAAUCCACAUCCCACAAUGUGUCAGUGUUCAGUUGGACCACUUUCAAUUCAUCUUCCUGUUACGUCUACAGGAAAUGUUGAUCAAGCUACAAGAGGAUUUAGAAAAGUGCAAAGCAACACAGAGUAACGAUGUCUCUAGCGUGAAUCAGCCAACAGACGAUCAACCUGCUUUGUAUUUUUCCAUUCUUGCGCAAGGAGUAGACUUCAAUAUUGUGCUUCCACCAGCGCCGGACAGUGAUGUGUCUCGUCUAGAGAGGCAUCCGUCUCAAAACACAAGCCGUAACGCCAGCAGUCUGAGCAGUUAUCUCGACACUGGUGGUGUGCUGGACAGCGGCUGUCAAUCUCCGGAAGUUCUCGAUUUUAAGACGCCAUCAAGAACAGAUUCAGAGGAGGCCCCGCGCAAAGAUGGAUCCGUGUCCUUUGAGAAUCACAAUCCUAAAGCUAGUCAAGAGCUCACUCCGUCAUCACGUCCCAGCUCGGCUCAGUCGGUAUCUCAUACUUCAGGACGCGCCAGUGCUGCUUCAGCGCCUGAUUCUGAUGGCUGGCUGGUGGUUCCAGUCGGUGACAAAUCCACAGCAGGCCUUGCUCAAAGUAGGACAGAUAGCAAUGCGAGUAACUUCAGCAGUCAGUUGGACGGCAGUAACCUGUCCAAAACUACCAGCAGUGACAAGGACUGCGAAAAGGAGCACAAAGAACGCAAAAUGGUGUCGAUUCUCUCUAUCGGAGGAGAGGAAGUAGAGGUUGGAAUUCAUCUCCAAGGAUUCGACAAAGUUGUGAAGAUGAUUUGCCCGGAGAUUAAGUUAGAAGAGCUUGGUGUGAUCAAUUUUGAAAAAUACCUCAACAAAAAAUCCUUUAGAAGAUCACUCACAAAGAGCACGGUCCCGGCUCAGGCGUCAGAGGGUGCUCCCAUGGCGUGCAUGCGUGCUGAAUUCGGACCAUCUGCAGAGAGAAAUGAGCCGACAGCUGGUGAAAGGGGCUUCAUGCAUGUCAAAGUGAAUGGGGUCAAUGGCACUCUUCUCGUGAGUACUCUGAGUAGCCUGGCUGACUGCUUCGAGGACGAGGUGUUGAUUCCUCCAAUGCCAUUCUUAGUAGAAGUGAACAAUUCGCGCGUGAGCAUCAAUAAUGAUCUUCCACCAACCUUAGUGUCAGCGCCUCUGGCUAUUCCAGUGGAUCUAAGCGUCGAGAAUAUCUCCGUCCGCCGCACGCAUGAUGGCAUGUUCCACAUCAGACCACUGAGCGGCGAUGACUCCCAGGGACGUGAGAAUGAACAGGCAGCCAUGCCAAUGACGCGCCAGGAGUCCAUCAAUGCCAGUCAACUAAGCCUGUCUGAUUCAGCCUCGGUGUGUUCCCGGGCCGAGAGUUUGGAGAAUGAGAAACAGUGCCUGGUCGCCCAGAUGGCUGUUUCCCGUGCUACUUUGCAGUCGCUGCAGGAUGAGCGCGAUGCAUUGUUAAAGACAAUUGAAAGGUUACAGCAGGAGUUGUCAUUUUCAAACCGCGAACAGGACUUGUUGCAAGAGAGGAUGACAACUUUUCAGAAAGGAGGAAGGAGGGGGUACAGAUAGAACCUCGACAAAACUCGUCCUCUGAUAGUUUAUAACGUGUGUAUCUCAGUGACGUCUACGUAGCUGACCAACCUAGUUACCAGGGUCUCUCUUCUUCCCGCCCCUCUCUCGCACCAGGAGGCGGGAAAAAGAGAGAUCCUGGGAACCAGGUUGCGUAGCCGGCCUUGUUCCCAGAUCUCCCCUCAAGCUCGGAGCAGGCCAAAGAGAGGCCCUGGGGGCCAAUGUUGUCUAAACAACGAAUAUUAAUUAGCAACACUAUAUUGCAAUUUUAGUAUCAAAAAUUCGCACCAAUAGCCCCUGGACACACAACGAUCUUACAAUCUGUUCAGCGCCAAAAUCAAUGUGUCAUGGAUGUGGGUGUCCAUUCUUUCACGUAAAUGACGAUUUCAAAUUUCCUUAGGAGUGAUGAGUUGUUCAUGAACAGUUUGAAUCGUUGGACAAGACGUUUUUAGGUUGGCUGUGUGAAGAGAAUUCCCAAAUAUUGGCUGGUAAUAUUGGACAGGGGUUAAGGGGUUUGCUGUGUUGAAAUAGUUUUACUCGCCUGCCAUCAGUAUUUGCGACCACUGUGACGAGAAACUUUGGCUGGGCACUGUGAGUGUUACAGGCUCGGAUAAUUUACUCAGCGUUCUCGAUUCGGUGCGGUAUUCUGGAACGUACCGCCUGCGAAAAAGACAAAAUGAAAUGCCUAUUAGCUAUGUUAAAUGUAAAAGCUAUGUAGCUAUUUUAAUACCUGAGUGAAGAAAAUAGUUUUCACAAGAGUGCAUUAAUGUAAAGCAAGUGAAAAUUUCGCGCAGAGGUCAUAUAUUAUUGUUUUUUGUUUUUCUUAGCACAGUAGUUUGUAAGAGCAGGCGGCAAAAUUUUAGUUGUAAUUCAUAUCCAAAUUACAUAGAGCUAUUUUUAUUUCUGAAAUUUGACGAAAACAUUUCUCACAAAAAAGCGUGAAGGAAAUCUAUUUUUAACGUCGGAUUUAUUUUUACAGAAACAGCUAUUAUUGAUGUUUCUUUCAGCCGGCUAUAUAGUAAUAUGACGAUUAAGGUAUUUAAAAAGUCUUAAUAAUUAAAAAUUGUUAUUCCCCUCUAUCAAGAUCCUCAUUCCAAUGUUUGCGUGACUUUGAAGAGUUAAGCGUUACUCUAGAAAUCACGCAAUCGUAACUACAAAUUUAUCGACUACCCGAUCGAAAAAGCUGCGAUUUCAGAGAUAAAUACCAACCUGGAAAAUUAAGCCUUUUAAAUUUAUUUUGUUUCAGUAGAAAAUUUGUAAAAAUAUUUAGGGAUUACAAAUUUAGUCAAUCAAUCUAGGAAAAAUCUAUGUACAUAAGCUUACAUGACAUUGAGUAAGAUGUGGAUAUUGCAAGUUUCAAGCAAAUGUUUUUAGAUAUAAUAAGUUAGGAGAUAAGUUGUACCAUAUUUUAUGGCAAAGUGUUUGAGAUUUAUAAAUGUGAUAAAUAUAAUUAAAGGCUAUGAGAGAUCAUGGA